GUAUCACGUGUCGCGUUCUGAUGCGUGGUGCUGCUAUCGUCGUACCGGCCAGUGACGGCUUGACGGCACGCGGUCCGUGAUUCGGCGAAUGGUUCUUAUUCACAUUCGAUAUUUUUAAAUUGCAAGUUCAUCGUACGUUUUACUCGACGCGUGGACGCCGUCGCACCGAUUUUGGCAUGAGAUUUUAGCACGGCAACCUGUACGAAAAGACAGGCAGAAAUUUGUCGAAACAAUGGGCACUGUCCACGCUAAAGAACCCUGUAAUCCUUCAGGUUUGGGUCAAUUACCUAAGGAGAAUACCACCGCAAAUAAACACAAUGAUCCACCGAACGCAACUAAUGACUUUUCAUCAUUUUCUGAUAACAGACCUCAGUUACAUAGAGAAGAAGAGAAUGCACAGACAAAAAGCAUCCUUUUGCAGACAGUACAGGCACGAGUCGACAAAAUACACGUAGAUGGACUUAUACGAACGAAGGACGAUAUAAUCAAGUCGCAAGUGAGGGACUUGUUUAAAGCGAGGAAUUUCGAGGAUGUUAUUAUACGUGCUUACAAAGUGCGGGAAAAGCUGGACGCCUUGGGAUGCUUUAGGAAUAUCGGGAUUUACAUAGACACCAGUCAAGGACCUGACGCCACCCCUGACGGUGUUGAAGUCACUUUCAAGGUACGCGAGAUGAGGCGUCUGGUCGGUGGCAUCAGCACAAUGGUCGGGAACAACGAGGGAUCCCUGAUUGUCGGCGCGAGAGCGCCGAAUCUGUUCGGCAGGGCGGAACGCCUUCAGAUGGAAUACUCUCACGGUAACAAAAGUUCGAUCAACUUCAAUGUAUCCGCCAUUAAACCGUUUCCACAGAGCUUGUACAACGCAGUAUUAACUGGUACAGUGUUUAGUACGACGCACGAUUUUCCGUGGUCUGGUUUCAAACAAAACGACAAGGGACUGCUCUUCGAUAUGGAGCUCAAUCAGACGGAUACCUCCAAGCACAACAUACAGUACGAAGCUGCAUUUAGGAACAUUAGUUGUUCGAAACAGGCGGCCUUUUGCGUUCGGGAACAGUGCGGCCCGAAUUUGAAGUCCGCGCUGAGGUACAUCUGGACGAUAGACAAAAGGGAUUCUCCUAUAUUUCCCGUUGUCGGGAGUCUCAUGCGAUUAACGACGGAAAUGGCCGGCCUAGGCGGUGAUAUCGGUUUCUUGAAGAACGAGCUUGCCCUGCAGACUAAUUGGUCGCCGCACGAGUACCUUACAUUCCAGCUGGGCUUUCAAUCGGGACUGUUGAGUGCAAUCAGUAACGACAUGAAAAUAAGUAUUGCUGAUCACUUUUUCUUGGGUGGUCCACUGAAUCUACGCGGUUUCGACAUGAGGGGAUGUGGGCCUCGCUACGAGGGAAAUUCCGUGGGUGGCGAGAUGUAUUGGGCAGCCGCUCUUCAUAUGUACACGCCGCUCCCAUUCAGACCAGGUCGUAACAGUUUCGGAGAUUUGUUUAGGUUACACGGUUUCAUCAACGGCGGCAAUCUUUCCAAUUUCACGUAUGCAUACGGUAAUCUGUACAAUGAAAACAUGAAGAUUUUCACAGAGAACGUUCGCUGUGCCAUUGGUGGGGGCAUCGCUAUGAAACUGGGGAACAUCGCCCGCAUAGAAUUGAACCUGAUUACACCAUUGUUGUUCAUGAGGAGCGACGUGCUCCAACAAUUUCAAUUUGGUAUUGGCGUUCAAUAUCUUUGAGCAUUUUUACCUCUCGAUAGUCUUGUAUUAUUAUGAUGGAUUUGAAUGUAAAAAAAAAAAAAUAGUGGGAUUAUGUGUAAAUUUGUUUCCGUCAACUCGUGUCCGAGAGAGAUUCGGAGUGUAAAAUGUUUGUAAUAAAAUUGCAAAGAAGUCAAACUCGUAUCUUUAUCAGUUUUUGCGAGCGCAGUGAAAACGACACGGUUAUUCGAAACCGUAGUUACGUUGCUAAUCAAUUGAAUUGCAGCGGAUUAAGAAUACGAAUUUGGUUUUUAGUGUAUACAUCUUGCAGAAUUAAUAAAUAUAAUUAUUUAAUGUUUGUAA